UUGUUUUUAAGGUAUAUCUGGGAACUGCUACGAGUGGGUGAUCUAUCCUCAAAGGCUGUUGUGAUCACAGGAUGUGACACUGGAUUUGGUCGAGAAUUAGCUAAACGUUGCAUCGCCAAAGGAUUCACAGUGUUCGCUGGUUGUCUCACGGAACAGGGCCAGAUAUCGCUGAAAAAAGAAUGUCCCUCUCCGAAACUGCACACGAUUACUCUUGAUGUAGCAUCAGAUGAAAGCGUCUCCCAAGCGAAAGACUACGUUGAACGCAAUCUUGGCGGACUUAAGUUGUGGGGUGUCGUAAACAAUGCCGGCAUUUUCUCGUGUUAUGGCCCCGACGACUGGACUGCUAUCGAAGACUACAAACGAGCGGUGGAAGUGAACACAUUUGGUGUGAUACGUGUCACUCAUGCGUUCAAGAAGCACGUGAAGAAUGCGGAAGGGCGCAUUGUAACCGUGACCUCGGUGAACGGCAGAUUGUCUUCACCCGGUUCCGGGCCUUAUGUAGUCAGCAAAUUUGGCGCUGAAGCUUACAUGGAUGCGAUAAGACAAGAAUUGUAUGCAUGGGGAGUAAAGGUCUCUAUUCUCGAGCCAGGCAUCUUCAGAACACCAUUGAUAAAUGAGAAGGCCAUGCUCGAUAGGAUAGAAGCGGUUUGGUCGAAGGUCGACGAUGAGACAAAAGAGGAAUACGGAGAAAGAUUCAAGGACCACUUUGGAAAAAUGUGGAAUCAUAUCUAUAUAUCAAUGAGUUCACCUAAUAUUCACUACGUUGUUGACAAUUAUCUUCACGCUCUAACCGCUGUGUACCCGAGGCAUCGGUACUACUGUGGUUGGGACGCAAUUCUAAUGUACAUCCCUUUGUCAUUGAUGCCUUCGUGGUUUGUAGACUUCGUGGUACGAGCAAUAGGCCAUCAAGAUGUACAACCACAGAUUAUCGAGAAAAAAGUGAAGAAAACUAAUUAA